AUGACGCAACAGGCAAUGCACGCGCAGAUGGGCGGAAGCACCGGCGGGGGCGAGGAACUCAUCCCGGCGGGAGCGGUGACGUUCGGGCUGGUUUACCGCACCGACGUAGGGGCCAUGAGCGACGAGGGUAUCUGCAUCCAUGUGUACGGAAACGACAUCGAGGACGACGACAAGGAGCUGCUGCGGUUCGACUGUUUCCGCAUCGGCCCGCACUACCACUACCGCAAUCGCGCCAUAUCCAAAAACGACCGGCUCGAGCUGGACAACAUUGCAGAGGGCGACCCCCUGGCCUGGGCGCUGGACAAGAUUCGCAACCGCCUGCCGAUAAUGCUGCUCCGCUGUGACGCCGCGACCACCGCGCGCAACGUUGACCAGCGCGAUGUUGACGCGGCGCUGCCGCAUAUCGUGGCCUGGGCGGAGACGAAGACCCACAACCGGGGAUAG